CCUCCUUCUCCGGUUCUCCUCCUACUCCGGUCCUCCUUGCAGCACAAUGUACUGAUCCCAGCUCGGCCUUUUGAAGGAUGAUGUCAGUCAUAUCCACAGUGGAGAGCGUCCCCAGAGGUACGGACACCCCCGUGCCAAGCCUCUACCAGCGGAUCAGGACGCAGUUAAGCAGGGAGCUGCUGGUGAGCCUGGCUCUGGGUCAGGUCCUGUCCUUGUUAAUCUGUGCCAUCAGUCUGAUCAGCAAGUACCUGGCGGAUGACUUCCAUGCUAACACGCCACUCUUCCAGAGUUUUCUUAACUACAUCCUGCUGUUUCUGGUCUACACCACCACUCUGGCAGUCAGGCAAGGUGAGGGUAACCUGCUGGCCAUUCUGAAGCAGCGCUGGUGGAAAUACAUGUUUCUGGGUCUGAUAGACAUUGAGGCAAAUUAUAUGGUGCUUAAAGCUUACCAGUACACUUCACUCUCCAGUGUACAGCUGCUGGACUGCUUCUCCCUCCCCGUGGUGCUGCUGCUGUCCUGCUGCCUGCUGCUGCUGCGCUACAAGGCGGUGCACUUUGUGGGGGCGGGGCUGUGUCUGCUGGGGGUCGGCUGCAUGGUGGGAGCUGACCUGCUGCUGGGCCGGCAGCAAGGCCUUGGAGAGCAGAAGCUGUUUGGGGACCUCUUGGUUUUGGGAGGAGCAACUCUGUAUGGGAUCUCCAACGUGAGCGAGGAGUUCAUCGUGAAGAACCUGAGCCGUGUGGAGUUCCUCGGCAUGAUGGGACUCUUCGGAUCCUUCUUCAGCGGCAUCCAGCUGGCUAUCAUGGAACACAAGGAGCUGCUGAAAGUAUCCUGGGACUGGCAGAUAGGUCUUCUGUAUGUUGGCUUCAGUGGCUUCAUGUUCGGCCUGUACAGCUUCACGCCGGUGGUGAUGAAGAGGACGAGCGCCGCCUUCGUCAACUUGUCCCUGCUCACCGCUGACCUGUACGGCCUCUUCUGCGGCCUCUUCCUCUUCCACUACAAGUUCUCUGGCCUGUAUCUGUUGUCGCUCUUCAUCAUUAUCCUUGGCCUGGUGCUGUACUCCACCUCGUCCACCUAUGUGGCCCAGGACCCGCGGGUCUACAAGCAGUUCAGGAACAGCUGCAGGCAGCGAGGGGGGGAGCCGGCCUCAUCUGACCCUGCAAUGCUGGAGCCCUCCGUCACCUUCACUAGCCUAGGCCCUGAAGCGGGGGGGACGCAUCCUGUACAUGUCGCCUGAGAUCUGGAGGAGGUUACGCCUGGAGGUCGGGGGUGAGCUGAGCCUCAGACACAGUUCACUCAGAGAACAGUGCAGGCUGAGAAAGGUGGGCCAGGUCUCAAUGCUGCACCCUGUACUGGGGGGCUAGGGGCAGGUUACAUUUUCAUGUAAAAGUGUUCACUGUAAACCGAGACUGAGCAGACCGCAGUGAUUGAACAUUCAUGUAAAUACAUGGCAUUGUAAUUUGAAUCUAUUCAGUCUUCUGUCUCUGUCAGUAAUGUUCUGUAUGUUGAAGAUGUAAUCGUUUCAUUUGUUAUUAUCUGACUGGGAUUAACAGAGCACAGGUUCCACCCUCACUGUAGUCGGCAUGUUGCUGUGUCCCUGGGCAAGACACUUCACCCCAAACUGCUCCUAUGGGGAUUGUCCACAGUAAUGAGUGUAUGUAAGUCGCUUUGGGUAAAAGUGUCUCAUGUGAUGUAAUGUUUAUGAACCCACCUGCUCAAAGUGGAUGACAUGCUCAGUGAGAACACUGCAGGGGGCGCUGAAAGUCUGCCCACACUUCAUCAGAGCAGUUCACCUCACACAAAGCUGAGCUCUAAUGUCAAUAUGCAUCAACUACUGAGCGUCUGUCCUCUUCGUUUUACACUUUUUUUUGUUUACACCAAAAAAAAUCAUUCAGUGUGAAGAAGGCCUUCAAACAGCAUUUCAACCUCUUUCAAAAGAAAUGUAAUUUACAGAAAAUAUUAAUGAAUGAAAUAUCUAAAUAAUAGAAAUGAGGGGUGUGGUCCGGUGGUGGUGGGGUGUUUGGAUUCCUGGGCUCAUCCGCUGUAUGUUAAAACAAAGGUUGAUAGGUUCAGACAAAGGUCUAAAUGGAAAAACAGGUCAUCUCUAGUAGAAACACCCAAUCCCACACUUCCCAUAAUGCAACUUGAUAGUGUGUUCAUAGAGUUAAGAAGUGGGAUAUGCUGCAACACAACGCUCUUUACAGGAGAUUCCUGCUGAAAAGAGCAUUAUUAGAUUUCAUGUUCCUCACAUGAUCACAGACGGGGCUGUCCUGCCUCCAGUUUGCUCUACAGUGGCCCUGUGGUGAUUCAUUUUCACAGUAAAGGUGAUAUGAGCUAUAUGUACACACCUGCUGAUAUACCUGUAUUAUUCAUUUUCACCGUACUCUGAAGUGUGAUGGAUGUGAACACACACUUCCGCUCAAAGUUCAGGGAUAUGCACAAAUCAGCAGGUGUGUAAAUUACUAUAAAUAAGCCUCACAGAGUGUCACAUAUUUGAGUAAAUUAUGUUACUGCAAUGUUUCAAGCAUAAAUCAUGAGACAACAUUUUUGCUCAAAAUCAUAAGCUACUAUAAUGCAGCUCCUGUACGCUCUUUUACAGAAAAUAUAAUGAUUGUGACAUUUCAGGAGGGGCACUCUGUAGGCUUCAGCCAGUGUAAUGUUUGCCCUGCACUAAAAUGAUAAACUUUUCUACCAUUUCUACUGAACUCUGAUAUUUAUGGAAGAAAGGAUAGAUAUCUGCUGGCAGUGAUUGUUUGAUCCUUAUCACAUGACAAGCAGUGCCUGCUGUUGCGUUCCAAAACUUGAAAUAUUUUCAGCGAAGGACACAGCCUAACACCCUGGUGCUGCCCUGAAGAGCAGGAGCACAGUGCAGGCCUUCCUGGUGAUCUCACUGUACAGUUGCCUUGG